AUGCAUGAGAGGUUGCCACAAAUGGAACUCACUCCAUGCCAUGCCAUGCAAUGCAAUGCAAUGCUCCAUUCUCUCCCUCCUCCGACCAUCCUACUUCUAGAGAAAAGGAAUUACAAACCUAAGAAAGAAAACCUUGGACAGCGAGAUAUGACAGUAAGAAAUGUUGGUGAAGUAGCCAAGUAG